UUCACUCCUUGUGAAAUUAUACAGGCAAUGGCAUGCUUCAUGGAACAAAUAAGAGGGGGAAGAGCAAAAUUCAAUCCUGAUAGAGUUGUUAUUACAGCCGGCGCAACCGCGGCUAAUGAGCUAUUGACUUUCAUUCUAGCUGAUCCUGGAGAUGCCUUGCUUAUUCCAACUCCAUACUAUCCAGGGUUUGAUAGAGACUUGAGGUGGAGAACAGGUGUUAAGAUAGUUCCAGUUCACUGUGAUAGUUCUAAUAAUUUUGAGAUCACUCCUCAAGCUUUAGAAGCAGCAUACAAUGAAGCUGAAUCCAUGAACAUUAAAGUUAGAGGAGUUCUCAUAACAAAUCCAUCAAAUCCACUUGGAGCCACCAUUAAAAGAUCUACCCUUGAAGAGAUUCUUGAAUUCGUUACGCGUAAAAACAUCCAUCUUGUUUCUGAUGAAAUCUAUUCAGGAUCGACAUUUUCUGGCGACGAAUUUGUAAGCGUUGCAGAAGUUCUUGAAGCUCAAGACUACAAAGAUUGUGAAAGAGUUCACAUUGUUUAUAGCCUGUCGAAAGAUUUAGGCCUUCCGGGAUUUAGGGUUGGAACGAUAUAUUCAUAUAAUGAUAAAGUUGUCACAACUGCAAGAAGAAUGUCCAGUUUCACCUUGAUUUCUUCUCAAACACAACAGCUUUUGGCUUCAAUGCUUUCUGACAAGAUAUUCACAGAAAAUUACAUAAAGACGAAUCGCGAAAGACUCAAGAAAAGGUACCAAAUUAUCAUUGAAGGAUUGAGGAAUUCCGGGAUCGAGUGUUUGAAGGGAAAUGCUGGACUAUUUUGCUGGAUGAAUUUAAGUCCAUUAUUGGAGGAACCAACAAAGGGAAAUGAAUUAACUUUAUGGAAAUCAAUGCUGCAAGAAGUUAAGUUAAACAUAUCUCCUGGAUCUUCUUGCCAUUGUUCUGACCCUGGUUGGUUCCGAGUUUGCUUCGCAAAUAUGAGUGAGAAGACACUACAAGUUGCACUCACA